AUGUUCAAGGGUAUGGAAGUUUUGGGUCAAUUUAAUCUGGGUUUUAUCAUCGCAAAACUGGACAAUGAUUUGUUCAUAAUCGACCAGCAUGCUUCAGAUGAGAAAUUUAACCAGGAUCCUGACAGAGGCCGGAACACGACAAUUAAGUCCCAACGCCUUACUGUUCCCAGAAGCUUGAACUAACCGCUGCCAAUGAAGCUAUCCUUGUGGACAACGUGGAAAUAUUUCAAAAUAACGGAUUUGAUUUUGAGAUUGAUCGCAAUGUCCUUACUGAACAGCUCUCGCAUUCUGUUUUCCGAAGAUAUUGGUGGCUUGUCUUGUUAACAGACGACGACGACGACGACAGCAGUGAAAACGGCGCUAAAAAAACGAAUUUGCGUUCUUUCAAACUUAAUCGCGUUUAUUUGAACCCAUUCAAUAUGUCAAAUGCAGGCGACUUUUGCUGGAAUUGAAUUCUUAAGGAUUUUAUUCAAGUUAAAAAAGAGGAAGGAAAAUUCGUCGUCGUAUGUCCACGUCCUCCAUAAAGCGUGAAGGAGGUUUCACGUCGUAGUCGUGCAGUGGACGUCAAAGAAAUGUACUGAAAAGAGUGAUGCACGUGUAGAGCUGUUGUUUUGAUCAUUAAAUCUAUUGUUUUUUGAAGUUGUCGUCGUCGUCGUCGUCUUGGUUGCUUAAGCUCCCUAAUAAUUUAGGUCACAAGAUGACGUGUCUGGUCCCUUGCCCAUUGGGCAAGUAAGCUUAAGACGUUACUUGCCCAGCAAGAAAAGCUACUCAUCCUGAUCCGCAACCGGAACAGCAAACAUGCUGUGGGAGUGUAAGUCGCAAAAUGUAUACAUAGUGAACAAACUUCGCAUCCCCUGCACUGUAGACUGAACGUUACAAGGUCUGUAAAAGAAAGGAAUUAUAGCUAAUUCUUCUUGUUCAGUCCCCCAAAAGGUCAUUUCUAAAGCCGAAAAGCUAACUGGCACUGCUCUUUCAUCGAGUUUACUAAGAAGGAAUAGUCAUACUGCCAGAGUUGGUGAAUGUUGCCCCUUUUUGUGGUAAGAAAAGUCCUUGAUUUUGAUAUAGUUAAAAAGCUUUGCCCAUGGUCUUGACACAGUAUACAUGUCAACUUGGAAAAUUAUUGUUUUCACCACGUUUUAACAUUUUAACCACGUUUUCACCACGUUUUAACGUUUUAACGUUUUAACCACUUGAUGUGGUUAAGAUGGAGGGCCGUGUGUUGAAGUGCUCCGCGUAACAUUUCGUAAAUUUCUGAUGUUUAAGAGGCUGUCCGCGUAAGAACCGAUAAGGCAAAUUUCGGUGUAUCACAGAUUGCCCUGAUUUUUUCAGUGGAAGAUAACUAUCCUAUCCCAUGAAGAAAUAUCACAUUUAUUUGGACCAACUCAGUUUCUUCUCUAUUUUACAGCAAGAUUUUCUCGGUCACCUAAAACUGGCCCGUUUGCCGUCAGAAGUGGUGCGACUUUGCUGAAACUUUAGGGCUCUGUCAAACCUACCUUACAUAGCCGAAUAAGCUGGUUAUUUUACAAACAAAAGUUUUAACUCUGUUUAACACUGUCAAAGAUUAAUUGUUGUAUUCUGUGGAAAGUUGGCUGAGAUAUGAUUUUUUUAAAAUGACCUUUAAUUUGCUCAGUAGGAAAAGUAAUUUGCAUAACUAGAGCUGAACGGUAAUUUCGCAAAAGUGGCACCUGACCCAGACUCAAGUCUAUGAUAAAUCAGAAGUACUAAGACCAGUCUACUUCUUAAUGUAAUAAAAUUUGUGGGCACUCUUCUCUGCGCGCUGUACAAAGUUCCGUUAAUGUUCCAAAAUUCGCCAUUUUGACAGCAAAGCUGGAAUUGUAACGGUCCGCAUUUGAUCGACUAAUUUCCACAGUUUUAACAUUUCUAGUUAUCACCAAAUAUCAUUAGACCCUCUAGAUGUUGGAAUUUUGAAAACAUCAGGAGAAAACUUGGUAAUCGCUUUUUCUUGGUUAUUUUCCUUGUCGACGAUCAGAACGCGACUUCAUUCUCCGUAUGCAAAUUAGCCUUAGAUGCGUCGUUUCAACAAAUUGACAGGAAACAUAACUGCUUAUAUGUCACAUUUUUAAGGGGAAAAUAUCUCUUCCUUCCACGGAAAAACACGAACGAUAUAUGACUUAGAAUCCCCUUAGGUCUGUUUCUUUUACGAGGAAGAAGCAGUAGAAGAAGAUAUGUUUAGCGAGUUAAAAUAACUUAACUACUAUCGCCCGUCACGCAUUCCCCGAGAGUGGCCGUGUAUCGAUCAGUUCUUUUAUCUGAUUAUAUUUCUUUUACAUACAUACAUACAUACACUUUAUUGAUGCUCCCUAAGUGGGCUUUUCAGCUCAAUAGAAUAAAAAAUACAAAUUUAUAUAAAUUAAUUAAGAAUGUAAGUACAAUAAUAUUAUAAUUACAAAAAAUAUAUCAACUUAAUAAAACAUUUGCAAGAUGACGCCUAAAAUUCCUGGGGCAUUUUAAGGACUUAAUAUUAUCAUUCAAGGAGUUCCAGAGUUUGGCUCCUCUGAAAGCAAAGGAGCGCUGCCCUGUUGACAGGCGACAUAAAGGUAUAUCCAAAGCACCAGAUGAUCGAGUUUGUCUAUUGUGGACUUGAGAACGUGAUUUAAACAUAUCAGCUAGAUAGUCUGGAACAAGCUUGUUAAUACAUUUGUGCAUCAUAGUAGCGUCAUUUAGAAUGAGUUUCUCUCUAAUAGGAAGCCAUUUCAACGAUCGCAACCCAUCCGAAAUAAGGUCAUACUUUCUUAGUCCCAGAAUAAUUCGUCCAGCAAAGUUUUGGACUUUUUGUAACUUGUCAAUAUUGCUGCUGCUGGUAUUACUCCAGACAGUUGAACAAUAUUGGAGUUUACUAAAGACAAAUGAAUUUAUUACUAACAAAAGUGUUUUCCUAUCCAGGAGAUGCUUGAUUCUGUUAAUUUGGUACAAUUUAAAAAGGCAUUUCGAGGCAGUCUCAGUGAUAUGUUGGCUAUAACUGAGGCGUGUGUCGAGAAGAACACCCAAGUCCUUAACGACAGGUACAGGUGUUAUUUCCUUGUCAAAAAGUGUUAUAUAAAUGAUGACAGUUUCUUUAAAAGUUGUGGUAGUGAUAGUUAUUGAUAAUCAUACAGUGAUAGUUAUUGAUAAUCAUACAAUUUAAUCACUGUUAAUUCCGAUUCUUUACUGGGUGGGAAAUACCGUGCUGUUGUAUUUAUUCAUUCUACGACCGUUUUAACUGAGUCAGUAUCCCGGGGCGCCACCGUGAGGAUAGGGUUUAACAUGACAGCCCAUGGUAUAAUACACGACAAUUAGCUACAAAGUAGUCACUUGGGCACGGCCACUCUUAUUCACGAGCACUAGUACAAUAUUUUCAAUUACAAAAUUAACAAUUAAUAUUUUGGAAAUAGCUCGCAAACAACUUUAGAAAUACCGCGCGACACCACAGGACCACACCUGCAAAGUCCUUUAAGCAGCAUACACAUUUCCUAGAUCCCUAGCUAACUAUAGGCCACCCUACAAACUUUAUGGUGGUAUUAACAGAGCAUUGUGUUUGUCGCAAAUUAACAAUAUUUGAGUAAAAAUGAGGAAUGGCAUGCAGAAAAAGGCAUAGUUAUUGUUUACGGUCCGUCUCCUGUUAAAUCCCAAAAGUUUUUGCCGGCUGUUAAUCACACUAAAUUAAGGAUCCCUAUGUUCACUCCUGAGCUGAUGGAGAAAAGCACGUGCAAUCUUGUAUGAAAGACGAAAGUUUGUCAAUUAGGUCUCCUUUUCUUUCCCUGGAUUUGAAUGGUAUUUUAAAGUGACACAAGAUUUUUUUAGCAUUACCACGUUGAACUGACUAGGUUGUUCUUCCUUUUGACAUACACAUAGCCUUGAAAGCUUCUGGUUGAGGGUGUUGUGGUCUCAAUAUUCUUCAGCGAUUUCUGCAACAAGCUUUUGCUUUUCGAACUCCUCGUCUUCUUGCAACAGAUCUCUAUGGUCAAGUUAAACUUGUAUACACUUAGGACCAUGUUUACGUGCUGACUCAAACGGGACUAGAGUCCAACAUGGGCUGGCAAUAGGUGAGCAUGGAAUUGGUACGGGGGUGGGGGAAACUCCCUAUGAUGGCCUGUACGGGGAGGUUCCGCCCGAAAGGAGUAUCUUUUUUAGGCUUCAGGUAUAUGAAAGGGUGGGCAUUUCACUAGAUGAAGUGUAUAAAAGGGCGAGCGCGCUUAUUGCAGCCUUAGCAGCAUCUUUGGCGAUUCUUAAAGAAAAAAGAACUAAGUUUAAGAAUUUAAGGAAAAAGUAGAAGGACUUAAUUUUUCAGAAAUAAAUAUAUACCGGAGAAAUUUCACCCCCUUAAGUACAAAUGCUUGUAAAAGUAGAGGUAGAACAGUGGGAAGAGAGGGUGGAUGGUAAAGUAGGUUAAAAAUGGAGAGAUGAGAUGGAGCACAUUGUUCAAGAGGGUAUAAAUACAAAAAAAAAACAGCAAUCUGGAGGCAUUUUUGAAGACUGAAAACGUUAUCAAAACAAGAAAAACAGAGAAAUCUUGUCCAAUAAACCUCUCCCGGCAAAUGUGUGGACAUGGUUGCUGACUGUUCAAUCGUACUCUUCUCGACCCUUCGGCGUCAAGUUUUUUCAAGUUUCUUGCGACGGGAGGAGCAAAUCGGCUAUAUAAAGUUGAACUGAACACUAAGGUACUUUUAAGUCUCACUAAUUUUUACAAAAUUAGAGACAUGUUUUAAACACUGUUUAAGUUCCAAAAAAUUAUUUUUAUUGCAAAAAUGAAAUACUUUUCAUACACGUGAACGACACCUCGACCACAAUCACUCCUAGCCUCGUCCCCAGGACAUUCUUCUUAGAAAAUGACAGAGGCGGGAAAGCCCUGGGGACGAGGUUGAAUCCUGACUCCGUGUAGAAAGUUCUUUUUUUCCCAUUUAUAAUGCUCUUCAAACAAUCAUCAGAAAACUAUCUUUUACAACACACGGAUUAACCGGUAUGUAUAGUAUUUUAAAGGUAAGAAUUGAUUAGGGCAAGAUACACGGCUGCCAAAAAAAUAGAAAUAACAAAAACUAUCUUUGCAAGCUCAAAUAAACUGAAAACGAACUUCAGAAAACAUCGCAAGAUAAAAUGUUAAAUAGAGAAAUUAGAAUAUCUCUGUACGUUAAGAAACUUUUUGGCAUGAAGAAGAAAAAAGAAUGAUACUUACGUGAUGGAACAAAACUUUGACUUAUUUCGCUGGCUAUCUGGAAAUUUACGACAUGUCUUCCUGCCACAGAAGUUAUUUUGCCAGUAUGAUCCAGAGUGUGACCGGGGUAUUGACAAGACCUUAGGCUCGAUUUCCGCCGUCUCCCCGUCCGUUGGGGGCUCAUUUUCCAGAACUGCGGCUUACAAUCGAGGCUAACAAGAUCUUGGUGCUCGCAAAAACCUGCCAAGUAGGUGUCUGUGCCCUGGGCAGAUUGUCAUUUCAGUUCCGAAUACCCACCAAGCCUCGAAUACGUACUCUCGCUAAAAUGAGUUCAUUUUCAUUGUCUUUGCUACACUUGCUAAACUUAGACAAGUGACAGCUGGCUAAGUGCGACGUAAUAUCAUCCAUGCACUCUGUGACCAACACAUUUUCCUCCACACCCCUACUGGGACCUCACUCUGUCUACGAUCUCGUGGAAGAACUGCUUGAUGAAAUAGCCGAAAAAGCCAUUUUUCACAAUUGAUCUCUUCGGCGAUUUCAUUGACAUAACUAUAUUUGAAACUGUAGCAUUAUAGUUCAAUCAGAUUGAAACCAAAACAAGAUCAUCGUUGGAAUUCGGAUGUUAUACCCCUACAAAAACUAGAAAGAUACUCCCUUUUGCGUUUAUUCACUGAAAAAAGGAACUAUUUUUCCCGUUUCAUUCUGCUAUCGAUAAACGCUUUAAAGAUCUUUGAAUGAAACUGAAAUUUACUGCUAAUUUAAGAUAGAAAAAGUGUGGGAAAUUUUUUUAUCAUAGUGCCAUGUACAAAGAUCUGCCCUCUCCUGAUAAGCAAAUAUCAUUAUAAAGCUUUCGAGGUUAACGCUAUUUUUUAUUUUUAUGGCACGCAAAAAAGAGUGCCCAGAAAUUUCCGUGUGCUGACAAGAGGACUUACCUUGCAAGUGAACUCUUAUUUUUUAUCAUUAUCAAUAACUAUCAUUUAAAAAAAAAGGUGAUAAUGUUAUAGAAUUGAUCGACACAACGCUAUUGUUUUCUAAUCGACCACCCCUCUUAAGGAAUGCGUGACAGGACACAGUAAUUGAAUUAUUUUAAGCCACGCAAACAUAUAUAUAUAACGAUAUAUUAUUCAGCUGCUUCUUCCUCGUUAAAAAAAAAAAAAAACAGACCUUAAGGGGAUUCUAAGUCAUGGUUUGUGUUUUUCUGUGGAAACGUGAAAUGUAAGGAUUAUAUUUCCUGUCCAUUUGUUGAAACAAAGCAUCUAAAGCUAAUUUGCAUACGGAGAAUGAAGUAACGUUCAUCGUCGACAAGAAAAAGACCCAAGGAAAAGCGAUUACUAAGUUUUCUCCUCAUGUUUUCAAACGUCCAACAUUUAAAGGGUCUAAUGACAUUUAGUGAUACCUAGAAACGUUAAAGCUGUGGAAAUUAGUCGAUCAAAUGCGGACCCGUUACAAUUCCAGCUUUGCUGUCAAAGUGGCGAAUUUUGGAACAUUAACGGAACUUUGUACAGCACGCAGAGAAGAGUGCCCACAAAUUUUAUUACAUUAAGAAGUAGACUGGUCUUAGUACUUCUGAUUUAUCAUAGACUUGAGUCUGGGUCAGGUGCCACUUUUGCGAAAUUACCGUUCAGCUCUAGUUAUGCAAAUUACUUUUCCUACUGAGCAAAUUAAAGGUCAUUUUAAAAAAAUCAUAUCUCAGCCAACUUUCCACAGAAUGCAACCAUUAAACCUUGAAACUAUUAAUCAGAGUAAAAACUUUUGUUUGUAAAAUAAUCAGUUUAUUCGGCUACGUAAGGUAGGUUUGACAGAGCCCUAAAGUUUCAGCAAAAUCGUACCACUUCUGACGGCAAACGGGUCAGUUUUAGGUGACCGAGAAAAUCUUCCUGUAAAAUAGAGAAAAAUUUGAGUUGGCUCAAAUAAAUGUGAUAUUUCUUCAUGUGACUGGAUAGUUAUCUUCCACUGAAAAAAUCAGGGCAAUCCGUGAUAGACCGAAAUUUGCCUUAUCGGUUCUUACGCGGACAGCCUCUUAAGUGUUCCUUCCGCUUUUUUCUAUUUGUCUUGUUAUCUUGUUUCGUGUGUCAUAUUAUGCCUGAGUAAUCGUUGUGUACUUGCCUUGUUUAAUGUUAGUUUAAAUUCUAUUUACUGUAUAGUAGUGUCUUCACUGUUAUUUAGUCCAUCUAUAUAUAAAUCUUGUUUUGUAAUAUGUCUUCAGCUCCCCCCGCCUCGAUUAGUUUAUAAGCUAUUUGCGGGUGGGAAAAUAAUGAAAUUAUUUUCCAAGUUUCAAUAAAAUUUGUUGUUGUUGUUGUUUCGUAUCCUGCCAGAGUCGUUUAUUUGAUUGUUUCAUUUUUUUUUUCUUAAAAACGCAAGAUAAUUUUUCUACUUUCCUUUUUCUUUUUAGCAACUGAACAGAUAUGAUCAGUUGUGUAUCAAACUUAAUCCAGUCAGGAGACAUUUUGAGUAA